AUGUCAGGUCGAGGAAAAAAGCCCCGCGCGCCUAAAAAGAAAGCUAGUGGUUAUAAAAUGCCAGCCCCUAUUCCAGUCGGGGAAGUAAUUCACGAUACAAUUACUAAAAAGAAAUGGCGAAUAGGCCCUUCUAUUGGAGUCGGCGGAUUUGGUGAAAUUUAUUCUGCAUGCGACCACGAGAGUUCACCUAAAAAGGGGAAUUAUCCCUUCGUAGUAAAAAUUGAACCACAUGAAAAUGGUCCACUCUUUGUGGAGAAACAUUUUUACAUUAGAAAUGCUAAUAAGGAGGAGAUUGCAAACUUCAUGAAGACUAAGAAACUGUCCACCUUUGGCAUGCCUUCCUAUUAUGGGAAUGGGUCACAUGAUUUCAAAGGAGAGAAAUACAGAUAUCUUGUGCUGGAGAGGUACGGGAAAGACCUGUGGAGUUUGUUCAAAGAGUCAGGACGGUCAUUCCCUGCUGCAACUGUCUUCCAAAUAGGUUUACAAAUGCUAGAAGUCCUAGAAUAUAUACACAGCAAGGGUUAUGUCCAUGCUGAUAUAAAAGGUGCCAAUAUCCUUCUGGGGCUUAAGAAAGGCACGGAAAACCAGGCAUACCUCGUGGACUUUGGGUUAGCUACCAGAGUAAAUGAUAAGGAAUUCAAGCCAGACCCUAAAUGUGCGCACAAUGGGACCAUAGAAUACACCAGCAGAGACGCUCAUGCUGGAGUGCCCACAAUGCGUGGUGACUUGGAGAUUCUUGGCUACAACAUGUUACAGUGGCUGGUGGGUGAACUGCCCUGGGAGAAAUCUCUAAAACAACCCAGCACAGUUCAAAAUAUGAAGGAGGCAUUCAUGAAGAAUGUACGUACCGAAAUCACUAAGAAGUACCCCAAUGUACCUGAUGCAUUGAUCAAGUUCUUUGAAUAUGUUAAUUCUUUAAAACCAAAAGAAGCUGUAGAUUAUGUAAAAUGUUGUCAACUAUUUGAAAGUUACCUUAAAACUGAGGGCAAGACAAAGUCUAGUAAACUGGAGUUUAAAAAUGCAAUAAACCGAAAAGGAAAUAAUAAAAGGCUGAGUAUAGCGGAUAGUGAUGUAGUUGAUGGUGAAGAAACCGAUAAAGUAGUGAAAAAUAAAACUAAGCCGACGAGCAGUGCAAAGGUGAGUCGCGUCAAGAAAACAGUGAAACCAGUUGACGAAGAGACUGAAAAUUGUGAGAACAAAGAACCUGAUGAAGAGAAGAAAAUAGAAAAACCAAGAAAAAAGACAAUGAAAAGGAAAUCAUUGGAACCGUCACUAGUUAUCAAAGUAAAGAAAACUAAAAUGAUUCCCAAGGCGACGCCUCCUGCUAAGAAGAAUCACGCAAACAUAGCGACACAAACAUCAAUGGAGAAACCAAGACGGAGUCCUAGACAGGUGACUUUUGAUAGCCCAAUUAGUGAGAUUAUAGGAAGUAAAAAGGCGUUCAAUUCCAUAAGGGAUAAUGAGUCUGCUAAUUCCAGUGGAGAUAUAUUUGAUGAUUCAUUCACCAUUGAAGAGAAAAAAGUUAAACCAAAGAAAAGAUUACUAUCAGAUGAGGAGAUAACAGUUAAGAGGGUAGUUAAGAAGAAGGUGACAGUAAAGAAAGGUAAAUCAUGGAAGGACUGUCCCACUGUUGUAAAUGGUCGAUCACCACCGAAGUCAUCUUAG